AUGAAUCGUCGAGAUCUUCAAGAGACUGUAACAUUUGUUCGACAAUAUGCUUACAAGAAAUGGGAGUAUAUUUCUACUGGGUUCCAUCUUCACGAAGAUGACGACGCUACUCACCUGAUUCCGGCAACCUCCAUAUCUUUAAAUCUGAAAGUAUUCUUCGUUAACCUCCGAUUCAGUGAUCUCAAAAGGCUAUCUUUGGAAGGAAUACUCACACCUGAGUUAGGGAAUCUCACUCAGUUGAGACGUCUCCUCUUUUUCCUGGUGACAGUGGUGUAGAUCAGCUGGUAGAGAUUAUCAAGGGAGCUUCAUCUUGUCUUUCACUAUCUUUUUCUGUACUUUGUCCCUGUUUCCUCCAUAAAACGGUGGCUGUUCAAGAUUAAAUUAGACUUGAUAAGGGCAAAACGGUCAUUUCACUAGGAAAAUUUUACCAAUGAGAAAAUCACAAUCACCUGUCCUAUGAGCAUCUCAAACAACAAGAUUCCAACACUCCACCAAUCAGCAGCCUUGUCAUGGCCUUUACCAAGAAUAAUUUCAGGUUAUAGCAGUGAAAAACAAUCCAGUACAAUGGACAACUCCUCUUGGACUUCCUGUUGUUCAACCAUACCACAAGUUAGGAAGGCAUCUUAUUAAGACAUCUCUUCAAGUUUUGACACUACAAUGAGAAACCGAUAAGGUGAUGGUGAAAAGACAAAGAACAGCCUUUCCUCCUAACUUUGUCCACUCUCUUGAUGGGUCCCACAUGAUGAUGACAACCAUUGCUUGUAAAGAGGCUGGCUUAAGUUUUGCAGGUUCAAAAUCAUUAUUAUUUCAUAUUUUUUUGAUUGUUUUGAAUAAUGGUAUAUAGGAAUGAGAACCGAAGAUGAUUGGAUGGACAUGAAACGAAGAGAGCAACUAAAAUGUUAUUUUGAAGUUAUGUUUUGUGAAAACUCAUUUCCCGAUGUUUAUUUUGAAGGUUAAAUUUUUUUUUUUUGUACCUCUUUUGCAUACUUUGGAUUUCUUGGUGUUAAAACGUUGUCAGGGAGUUUGAUGUUAUGUGGACAGUUCUUAACCGUUGGUAAACUUUGAUAGUUUUGGUAUUAUAAUGUUUGGUUGUAUCAUUA